AUGGGAUCCUCCACAAACUUCAGUCUGGACCUGGUCCCAGAUGUGAGUCCCUCAGGAGUGACCGGUCGAUGGGAGAACCAUGGAACUUCAGGAGUGACCGGUCUAUGGGAGAACCAUGGAACUUCACAAGUGACCGGUCGAUGGGAGAACCAUGGAACUUCACAAGUGACCGGUCGAUGGGAGAACCAUGGAACUUCAGGACAGAGAGCAGAGCAAAGAUUGAGAGGAUCCUCCACAAACUUCGGUCUGGACCUAGUCCCAGAUGUGAGUCCCUCAGGAGUGACCGGUCUAUGGGAGAACCAUGGAACUUCAGGACAGAGGCGGCUGCAGAUGUCUCCACUGGUCCGCACCAUGGCUCUCACCUGGUCUCCAUAUUUAAGGAGAUCCAAUCAGGACAUGUGUGAGAAGGACACAGCAAAAGAGAUGGUGGAACUGCAGGAAAACCCUGCUGUGUCCUGUCCCAGUGCAGCUGUGUCCUGUCCCAGUGCAGCUGUGUCCUGUCCCAGUGCAGCUGUGUCCUGUCCCAGUGCAGCUGUGUGCAGCAGGUUCUCAAAGUGCGAGUCCAUGGUUCACUCCUCUCUGGUUUAG